AUGCUGCCAGACGGUGCUCUUCUUUUCCUAUUAUCGAUUCCAUCGAUUGCCGGAUUCGUCGGUGAGAGUCUUUGGCCGAAAACCUCGCUGGAACUCUGCGAUCAUCCCGAAAACAUUCCUCUAACCAUAGAAAUGAGUUGCUUCUACGUAUUCAACAAUUUGCAUCCGGUGAAGUUGGAGAUUGUCAACUUCGAUCCGAUACUCGUCAUUUAUCGAGAUAUUCUGACGGCGACGCAAGUCGACGGAUUCCUUGAGGUGUUUCGGAAUCGCACGCUGGAACGCGCGGAAACCAUUGGUCCGAAGAGCGACGCGCGUCAGGCGAACAACACCUUCUUCUUCUUCAACGACUCGCCAAUAACGCAAUCGAUCAGCGAGACACUCGCGACAAGCAUUCCCUACAUCAAUUUCGAGACGUCCGAAGAGAUCUCGGCGCUCUCGUAUCUGCCCGGCGGUCACUACGUCGAACACUACGACUACAUCGAUUACAAUGAGAACUACACCGAUUGGUUCUUUGAGAACUAUGGCAAUCGAUUCGCCACCGUCAUUAUGGUGUUCAAGACGGCCGAUGAGGGCGGUUGCACCGCGUUUCCCGUCAUGAACAAAUCGAUUCGCGCGAAUCCCGGCGACGCGUUCAUGUGGUUCAAUAUGAUGGCCGACGAGCAAAUGGACGCCGCCUCGCUACACUCGGGCUGUCCCGUCUACAAAGGCGAGAAGAUCGUGGCGACGGUGUGGACUCGAGCCGCCGAUCAGCCAUUGCUGAUGAAUGCCGUCGAUCCGGGACCAAUCGAUAUUUUCCGAUUGCUUUUCAAUUAA